GAAGCUGGUUGAAUUUCAAACGAUCCAAACGACUUCCUCGUUUCUUCUGUCCAAGCAUCGUCGCCCCUGAGCUGUAGCUGGUGCGCGAUGCGCGUUCACGUGGCUCACGCCUGCGCACUCUGUCAAAAACUACAGGACGGGUGGCGAUGAUGCACGUGCUCACUGUUAGCCUUGCAUAGUAGAAGAAAAACCGCGUUCUGUUGCAAAAGUGAGACCUCCAGUGUCCUGCACGAGAACACUUCAAGUUCUCUCCCCGGCACGCUCACUUCUCACUCCAAUCACACGUUUGAGAAGAACACCAUGUUUGCUGUCAGAAGCUCUCUGCGCCUCGGUUCCAAGCUGUUCGUGCCCGCCUUGGCGAGGCGAGGUUGCGCUGGGGCUGCCAUCCCGGUGGACGAUGUGGUGAACGGGCUGACAGACGAGCAGAUCCAGCUCAGGCAAAGUGUUCGUAAAUUCUGUGCCGAAAAACUUGCGCCCCAUGCUGACGAGAUCGACAAGAAGAAUGAAUUUGCAGGGAUGCGGGGAUUCUGGAAAGACAUGGGAGAGAUGGGGCUGCUAGGCAUAACCGCACCAGUGGAAUACGGAGGCACUGGACUGGGCUACCUCGAUCACGUCAUCGUAAUGGAGGAACUCUCUCGCGUGUCAGCGGCCAUCGCUCUAAGCUACGGCGCUCAUUCCAACCUGUGCGUCAACCAGAUGGUGCGCCACGCCACCGAGAAGCAGAAAGAAAAGUACAUGCCAAAGUUACUGACAGGAGAGCAUGUGGGAGCCUUAGCCAUGAGUGAGCCCAACGCUGGCUCGGAUGUCGUGUCCAUGAAACUCAAGGCGAAGAAGCAAGGUGACUACUAUGUUCUGAAUGGGAACAAGUUCUGGAUUACAAACGGACCAGAUGCCGACGUCCUCAUUGUGUACGCCAAGACGGACCCGGAGGCCUACCAAAGAGGCAUCACUGCUUUCAUCGUUGAGAAGGGGAUGUCGGGUUUCUCCACAGCACAAAAGCUGGACAAAUUGGGCAUGAGGGGGUCCAACACAUGUGAGCUGAUCUUUGAGGACUGCAAAGUUCCAGAGAAGAACAUCCUGGGUCCACUAAACAAAGGAGUUUACGUGAUGAUGAGCGGUCUGGAUUUGGAAAGGCUGGUACUUGCAGCUGGACCUGUCGGAAUCAUGCAAUCGGUUUUGGAUUCCGCGGUUCCCUACCUGCAUGUCAGAGAAGCUUUUGGCGAGAAGAUUGGACACUUCCAGCUGAUGCAAGGCAAGAUGGCUGACAUGUACACCAGGUUGAGCUCCUCCCGGCAAUAUUUGUACAACGUCGCCCGGGCCUGUGACAAAGGACAUUUCAGCGCCAUGGAUUGUGCCGGAGUCAUUCUGUACUGUGCCGAGAACGCCACCCAGGUCGCGCUGGACGGCAUUCAGUGUUUGGGCGGGAACGGGUACAUCAACGAUUACCCCAUGGGACGCUACCUGCGGGACGCAAAGCUGUAUGAAAUCGGAGCGGGCACGAGUGAAAUCCGCCGCCUUAUUAUCGGACGAUCUUUCAACGCUAUGUUCAAGUGAGGGAGAGAGAGAAGCGCUCAUCUCAGCGAGCAAAAGUGCAAUUUUGUCCUCAAGAAAAACAUCUUCACUCAAACCCAAGGCCUUAACUUUUAUGACUCGUCAGCGCUGCUGACCUACAUCAUGUUUUAAAAGCUCUCGUCUCCUUUUUCACAUCAAGCAAUUACUUUGAGUACUCAAAUGCCAGUUACACCGAGUCAUUCGUGGCGUUAAAUCUAAUAACAUUUGAAUUUUUUUUCUUUCACUUUGGCUUCAUAUCAGUUACCAGAACCUCCCAGCAAAACCAAACAAAUAUUCCCCAUUAUGUUGGGUACCAUUGGUGGAUGUCCUUUUAACCUUUUAUAAAAUAAAUCCUGUUACAGUACUGUGAGAGUAAAAUAUGCCAUUUUACUCGGGAGAUAAAAUCAUUGUAUUGUAUAGUCUAUAUUAAAAUCUGUCAUUUGCUUGUCUUCACUCCACUUCUCUUGGGUUUGAGACUAUGUAGGUGUACAUUAUGUAUGAAUAGUGUUUGUGUGCAGUAAAGAGAAACAUUUUUCACAAGUUAUUGUAUGCUGUUGUAUGAUGUGAAUUAUAAAUGCAACAUGAAAUAUACAGUGGUGUAGAAAAAUAACAAUGCAUGAGUGUAAUAGUAAAAUAAAAGCACCAAAAAAAAAUCCCACAA